AUGGCGCAGGACACAAGAGGGCACGGGCCGGGCACGGGGCGCGAGCGCGCAGAGUGGAUCGGGAUGCAGGCGCAGGACCCGGAGCAGGUGGCGCACUUCGGGCGGCUGAUUGACCGGCACCUGCCCUGGAUCCCGAUACAUCGGGUGCGCAAGAACCGGUCGUUGUGCUGGACGCACUACCUGUGCCAGGACGGGACGCUGAAGGUGCUGAAGUGCAAGCACUGCGGGGGGCUGAUUGCACACGUGGGGAAGGACCGGUCGUCGACCAGCAGGUUCCGGUCGCACCUGAAACACCACCACCGGAUCGACCCAAACUCGGACUAUUACACGGGCGCGUCGCUGCUGCCAAUAGCAGCGGGCGGGGGUGCGGAGGAGGGCGGCCGGCCAGCGCGGGAGCGGCGGACGGUGCUGCGGACGGAGCUGCUGCUGGGGAUCAUCACAGCGGCGCAGGACCUGCGCGCGGAGUUCUUCGAGAACAGCGUGGUGAAGGAGCUGCUGGCGCGGCUGUCGGCCUUCGAGACGCUGGACCUGCCGGCGGCGAUUGCGCAGACAGCGCGGGACAUCGACGAAAUUGUGCUGCGCACGGUGCGGUUCAACGAGCGGCACGAGGGCGCGCGCUUCGAGGUGCGGCCGGGGACGCCGGCGUACGCGCUGAAGCUAGAGGUUGCGGAGCGCGUGCACGUGCUGUCGCAGGUGACCUUCUUUGCGCUGUCGUUCCGCCGCUGGGCUGCGACCGGGAUCUGGACGUGGUUCCUGAACUUCUACGACCCCAACGAGGGCCGGCAGUACUCGCUUGUGGUUGACGCGGGCGCGUCGUCCGGCGCCGGUGGCGCGCCGCCAGAGGAGCACACGGUACAGCUGCAGUACCCCGGGGUGGGGCGCUACAUUGUGAGCUACAUGGCGACUGGGGAGGAGGCGCCCGAGUCGUGGAACCCCUGCAUCGUUGCGGAGCUGCAGCGGAGCUUUGCGCUGCUUUUUGGGGAGCCCCUUGGGCCGUCACCGGACUUCGUAAUGUCCGUGGAGCACGUGGAGUUGUCGAACCCUCUCCUGCGCCAGGUUCUGGAUUUCUCACAGAGUUCGCAGGACGUGUGGCGUUCCAGCCUGUCGAAGUUUGACCUGUCGAACUACUCGACGGUUACCGAGACAAUAACUUCCCUACUGAAGUUACGCCCGCUGCUGGAUAUACUGGAGCCCAUUCCAUUUACCCCUGCUAACUACCUUGACAUGGUGCACUUCACGAAUGUAAGCCAGGGAUUCAACCGAGCGUUUCAGUUCUUUACUUCUGCACCAGAUCAGACGUGGAUUUUCAGCUUACUAACAGUGAUGGCGCUGUCGGAACAUCUUGCUCAAACAUUGGAGGAAAUGGGCAGCCGGAGCAUGUUCAGCAACCACCUAGAGGACUGCGUUUCGUCGAUCUCAAAACUACGACGCCGCCUAAUGGGGCGCGAUCUGUAUGUCCUGGCGUCAUUCUUGGUCCCGACCACUUUGUUCGAUGAUCAGCUGCUAGCCACUGUUUUUGGCACGGAAUCACUUCCUAAGAUUAUCAAUAGCGUGGUCGACAUGGUUUACCAUAUCCUCAAGGACUAUUUCGACGCGCCGGUCCUUUCCACUGACACAGAAAACACAGAAUUGGACACAUCUGCAUACCGAUCUACUGUGGCUGUAGCGAGCGAUCAGGAGGAAGCUGCCAGUAGCUGCAGAGCUAGCAUCACCGCAAUUGUGGGUGAUUCCAGCCUGGGCGCCGCAAAUGGGAAGGCCCAAUCCAAUGCACCCCUUACAGGCAUUUCUGGAGAGCUUGAGGAAGUUAUCAAGGACGUUAUCAGGGGCGAUCUAUAUGCCUACUUGAACGUUGUCAACGACGUUGUGCCCUCGUGGUUCCAGGUCCAUUGUUCGACGAUGGGCAUCAGCAAAAGCACCGAUGAGGAAGACCGAGGCCAGUAUAAGCGGAACGAUACCCCGCUUUCGCCCCUCGAUGUAUUCCUGGACAUCCACGUCCCGGUCGCGAAGCGGUUCCACUCCGAGAAGUGGAAUGCGUUACGACCCGUGAUCCGUUUCCUACUGAAGUACGUGAACUCGCAGCCGAGUGCCACCAUGAACUCGGCCGCAUCCUUCAUGGCCACAUACAGACCCAUCGCUGAGAACAGCAUGCUACGUGAGGUGCUCAAGGUCAAGUCGAUGGACAGGCAGUUCGACUCAACCAAGAUCGACUUUGACCACGACAGUUUACCACUGGUCUGCAAAUAUGCUAGCCGGACACAGUCCCCCGCGGGGGAGCCGUCAGGCAGCCCAGCAGAGUCGUCCUCGGAGAGCGGGGCAUUGUAA